AUGUGCGGAAAUAAUAUUGUUGCAAAAGAUCAGACUAAAAUCCUAAAUUACCAUCCUCAUAUAGGUCGAUAUCUUUACUUCCAAGUGGAAGAAGGCAAAUAUUGCACUGCAUUAUUCCUUGAUGUAGAAAAAGCCGUCGAUAAAGGCAUGAAGGUCAAUAGGUUAAAGGGGAUCUAUCUUUUCCGAGCUGCAGUGAGAUUGGUCUUGGAAUAUAUCGAAUGGUUAACCGAGAAGUCUGUAGUUGAAGAAGUCAGUGACGAUAUUACAAUUAAUAUUCGGAAGGCACAAGAAAAAAAACACGAAAAGAAAGCUCUUACUCUAGAGGAUCGUUCUUAUUUAUUAACGAGGCCAGAAGACCGAUCAUCGGACGACAGAAAAUAUAUAUAUGAAUUAUUUAAAAAGUUUCGCGUGUUCAAAAAAUAUCCUGAACAUUUGAGAGAAAUUUUAGCGGGGGUAUGCUUUUAUCAAUAUUUACGACCUGAUCGCGUAAUUGUGCGACAAGGUCGCGAAGCUGAAAAUCUUUACUUCAUUAUAAGCGGAGAAGUCGGUGUAUCGAAAAUAGUUGUUGAUCGCUGGACUGGUGAAUCGGAAGAGGUUGAUAUGGGCAUCCUGAGUUCUGGCGAUAUAUUCGGUGAAGUCGCAUUGUUGCAUGAAAUACCAAGAUCAGCAGCAGUAUUUACAAAAACCGCAGUAGAUUUGAUCCGCAUUCCUCGCUUGGAAUUCGAUGACGUUUUGCGGUCUUCUUUAAAAAAAGAGUGGGACAUAUUGCAGGAUGCGUUAAUACAUUUCAAUUAUUUUAAAUGUUGGGACGAAGAAACAAUACGAGAAUGUUGUAUUCUCAGUAAAUUAAAGGAUUUUCAACCUGAUGAGGUUUUGUUAGGUGAUGGUAAAGGAAUGGUGAAUCAUGUCCAUUUCCUAUUAGAAGGUGAAUGUCGUCUGAUAGAACACAUGAUUGUUCGUAAAACACAUUCUGUUUAUGGAACUGAAUACGAAUUAUACGAUCCUGAAAAGGAUAAUGCAAAGAAGGAACCCAGAUUAUUAAAGAGCUUAGAAAUGGCUACAAAGAUGAACGAAUUGGAAUACGAAUAUGAAACUACCAAAGCAAAUGGCAUAGACGAUGCUAUCGACGGAAGUCGAGAUUUCAUAGAUUAUGCACAGCUCUUACUAUCAUCGAAAGCAACUGAUAGGAGAAUGGAUUUUGAACGUUCAAGCGUCAUUACAACUACAUUAUUAGACGUCGUAAGUACGACACCGGCAAAUAUUAUUACAUCUUCAUAUUAUUUAAGACAAAGAAUGCAGGCAAGGAAGUUGAAUGUAAGUACAGUCAGUUACAAAAAUCUAUAUUCGUACGUUCUUUAA